AUGACACUUGCGGCUCUUGGGUUCGCUCCCUCUACUGCUGACCCGUCACUGUUUCUACGCACAGACACCUCGCUGCCGCCGUUCUACAUCCUCGUGUACGUCGACGACUUGGUCUUUGCCACUGCUGACACCGCGGCACUCGCCCACGUGAAGUCGGAGCUGCAGAGGAGACACACGUGCACAGACCUGGGUGAACUGACAAGCUAUCUUGGCUUGCGGAUCACCCGGGACAGAGCACGGCACACCAUCACCUUGACUCAGUCACACAUGGUGCAGCAGAUCCUUCAGCGCUUCCGCUUCACGUACUCCUCGCCUCAGUCCACUCCUCUGCCUACCGGUCACUCGCUCUCAGCUCUGCCUUCGGAUGAGUCCGUAGAGCCGAGUGGCCCGUAUCCAGAGCUUGUGGGCUGCCUCAUGUACCUGAUGACCUGCACUCGACCUGACCUUGCAUACCCUCUUAGCAUCCUUGCACGCUAUGUCGCUCCUGGCCGUCACAGGAAGGAGCACAUGGAUGCCGCUAAGAGGGUGUUGCGCUACUUGUGCAGUACGUCGGGCAUGGGGCUAGUGCUUGGAGGGCGAGACCGAGUUGUACUUACUGGACACUCAGACGCUUCUUGGGCGGACGACCAGGCUACUCAGCGGUCGUCUCAGGGUUACACCUUCAGCCUUGGCUCCGGCUCAGUUUCUUGGCGUUCUACACGCUCUUCUUCUGUUCUCAGCUCCAGUUGUGAGGCUGAGAUCUACGCCACAGCCAUGGCUGCCCAGGAGCUACGCUGGCUGACCUACCUGCUGACCGACCUGGGAGAGCGGCCUCGUUCUCCUCCAGUGCUGUACGUCGACAACCAGGCUGCCAUUGCCUUGUGUGAGGAGCACAGACUGGAGCACAGAACGAAGCACAUUGCCCUGCGGUACUUCCUUGCUCGAGAGCUGCAGUAG